AUUGGUAAGCUGCAGAGUGACAUUGCUAAAUGUUUGAAGUUAGAUUUGUCAAAUGAGAAUGAUGAGAAGAAAAGGGCAGCAGAAUUGUCGCAAGCAUUUGCAAGUAGGGGGAAAUGUGUUCUCUUUUUGGAUGAUGUGUGGCAUAAAAUUGAUCUACAUAGGGUCGGAAUUCCUAAUGGAUGUAAGUUGAUCCUCACUACUCGCUUGUUCGAUGUAUGCCGCAAGAUGGGAUGCAAAGAGUUCAAAGUGGAACCUCUUUCUGAAGAAGCAGCUUGGAACUUAUUUUGGGCGAAACUUUGUAAUGGGGAGGAAAGGACACUUUCUCCAGAAGUAAUAGAUAUUGCAAGAUUUGUGGCAGCCGAAUGUGAUGGUUUGCACUUGGGAUUAUUACCAUGGCUGGAAGCAUGAGAGGGGUGGACGACAUUUGUGAGUGGAGGAAUGUGUUUGAAGAACUGAAGAAACUUACAAUGGGGCACGAAGACAUGGAAAAGGAUGUAUUACCGUCAUUGGAACUUAGUUAUAGUCGCUUGAAUGAUAUGAAAUUGAAGCAUUGUUUCUUGUAUUGUGCCUUGUAUCCUGAAGAUAUGAUAAUACCAAGAAAUGAAUUAAUAAGAUAUUUCAUUGCCGAGGGACUGAUUGACAGAAGUAAGAGUUUGAUAAGAAAGCUUGACGAGGGUCACACUAUCUUGAAUAAACUUGAAAGGUCCUGCUUAUUGGAGAAUUGUCCUGUAAGAGGAGCUAAUUUAAACCCACUAAAUUAUUUAGACGCUAUCUUCUACCACAAGUACUGGGAUAUUGUUGGUACUUAUGUGUGUUCCUUUGUUAAAAAUUGCUUUGCUAACAACUCUAUUUCCGAAGAGAUCAAUAGAACUCUGAUUGCACUCAUUUCUAAAGUUAAUAGCCCUGAGAGAGUGAAACAAUUCAGACCCAUCAGAAUACCAGUGAUAACAUUAUCAUUACAUAAGAAGCUAUUCAUUUAUGGGACAUAUGAAAGGAAAUACCCAAUCUGCAAGAAUGUGCCGGAUUUGGAAAAGGUUUCCUUGAUGCGUAAUAACAUACAAGAAAUUCCAUGCGGCUGGUCCCUGAGGUGUCAUAGUCUUUCGACAUUGAUUUUGAAACGAAAUCAGUUGGUGAGUAUUGCAGAAUCAUUCUUCAAGCAUAUGCAUGCCCUUCAGGUUCUUGAUUUGUCCCAUAAUUCUGAGAUUGAAGAGUUGCCAAAUUCCAUAUCAGACUUGGUGAAACUCACUGCAUUGUUGCUUGCGAAGUGUACUUCACUCACAUACGUGCCUCCGCUGGGAAAGCUUAGAGCCUUAGAAGAAUUGGACCUCAGUGGUACAGGCAUUAGGGAAGUACCUCAAGGUGUGGACACGCUGGUCAAUCUAAAAAAUCUGAAUAUGGAAGACACCAAUUGGCUGGAGAUAUCAGGUGGGACAUUAAGCAGACUCUCCCAUCUCCAAUCCCUUGGACUUCGCUGUACAUCAGUGCCGGUAGAAAUACAAGUAGAGUUAGAGGGGUUGACGAAGCUGGAAGAAUUUAAUGUCCAUCUAGCCGAUGUUCAUUCUUUCAACCAAAUCGUCAAAUUUGUACAACACUGUGAGGUGCCGUUGGACAGGUAUCGUCUUGAGCUUGCAGAUGAUAUGGAUUUUUGGGAUAGAAGUUAUAGCAAAUCCGUGAGAUGGAUGGGGAAGGGGUGCAUUACCAAUGGAGGAGAAGAAGACGUCAGUUUUCUCCCAUACGAUCUUGAGGCCUUAAUGAUUAGGAAUCAAUGGUUUACUAGCGACUGUUUUUGUGAUGUUUUCCCGUCAUUUUGGGGUAAUGCAAGACACCUGCAGUUUUGUGCAAUCAAUAAUUGCAGAGGGAUACAGAGCAUCCUAUCCAUUUUCUUCUCCUCCACUUUCUCGUCUUCAUCCCGCAAUGAGAAGGAGAUGGAAGUAGAUGGUGAUCAAUUAGGAGAGUCCCGUAAUGCCCCAUUUCAAAGCGUUCAGAUAUUGAUCCUCAUUGAUUUGCAGGAUCUCAGGGGCCUAAUUGGGUGGAAGAAGUUGGCGGGGUCCGAGUUGGGGUUUGGAGUAAUUGCACCUCAUGGCACCUUUUCUAAUCUUAGAAACUUGGAAAUCUCGAGUUGUCCCAAAAUGAAGAGCGUGUUCACGCCUGGCUUGCAGCUGCCACACUUGGAACAGAUAACGAUCAGAAACUGCAAUGAAAUUGAGGAGAUAUUCGAUGGUGCUCGUACCACUCUCUCAGAGCUAAAUAGAUUGUGUCUUUCUUGUUCUCUAUCUGAAUUCGAGAGCAUCUGCGAAGGAAUGGAAACAAGCUUCUUCGGAAAUAAUUACGAUAUGCCUUUCAUUCUUCCCAAAUUGAAGAGAUUGGAGCUUGAUUCUCUGGCGAAAUUGGAGAGCAUCUGCGAAGGAAUAAUGGUUUGUGAUUCCAUUAAAGAAAUUAAUAUAAUAGAGUGCCCCAAGCUGAAGAGGCUCCCUUUGUUUUUGCCUAUUGAUAAUAAUGGACAACCGUCUGCUCCCAUGACUCUUGAACAGAUCAACGCCACUAGCAAUGACAUAGAUUGGUGGGAAUCACUAGAGUGGGACCUUCCCAAUACCAAGGAUGUGCUUCGACCCUUUUUGACGAUAACAAGAGACUAUUUCAAGUAACGUGAUAUUUCAGGAACAACAAUGUUAGGU